GACACCGAAUAUCAAGACACUUAAAGAGAUGCGCAGCAUCGCCAGGCUCAGUGUCCAUCAACAGGUACAGCUAGAAGACAAGGUAUACGUACUAUCUCCAGCAUCAUGGUGUCCAUCAAGGCUCUCGGUCUUUCAGCUCUCUGUGUAGUGCUUUACUUCAGCGUUGCUGAUGCUGCAAGCGACGGCAGCUGCGGUACAUUCUCCAAGGCAAAGUUCGACGUAUGUGUUGCCUCGUUCUCCACCGCCAACCUCCUCAACAUCGACGACCGUAAAGCUCGUAUCGCCGCCGGCAACACCACCUGUCCCACCGACAUCUUAGUGGAGAGUUGCACAGCUUUCAACGUCAUGAUUAAGUGUGUCAACGCUUUUGGUUUCCCCGAGGGCUGCGAGAUGGAGAUGGACAAGGAGCUGAAGAACCAGCAGUUCGAGUGUACCUACAAGGAAUUAGAAGCGAUCUGUCCCCUCGCUACUAAACUCGGUGGCGCCGCAAGCACUGUGGUCAGCAUUUCCCUUCUGGCAGCCUGCCUCAUCGCCGCCAUCUUUAAAUAUUAAGUUUACACAAACGACUUCUUUUAGCAGGAAGGCGCCCAGCUUUUGUAGGCCUAACCGGAACAACUAGACAAGACAAUUCUCCACCAAGACGAACACCAAUUAGACGUUAGACGAUUGAAAAAAAUCUGAAAAGGAUCUUCACACAUAAUAUUCCCACCGGUAAAGAGACCGCCUCGGUCUAUGAUUUUACCGCAGCAAACAUGUGCUAGCGCCCACUGCAUCAAACGGAGUUACCUCCCUUCCACAACGCUAACUCGUCGCAAAGCCCUCCCAAUACCAGAUAUUCUCGUACUCCGAACCUUGUCAGUGCAAUAACCAUUAGGCGACAAUUUGUAAACGUUAUAGGAUAUGUGCCUUCUCCGAACCUAUGCUAAUUUAUAAAAAAAAAUUUCUUUUGUCGUUUUUAUGAUAUUAAGGAGGAAUGUUGUUGGUUUCGCUGAGGCCCGUGUCGGCCUGUGAAGCACGUCCGAUAUCCUUGCCUCCCUCAAUACUCAUUGUAUGUAGAACAAAAAGGUAAUUGUCAAAGCUUGUAAUUUCGAUAAUGUUUGACACAUAUGGUUGUUUUCGUUUUUCCCAUUGAACUCAUACAGAAAACUCUUAUCAAAAUCCUUUUUUAUUUUUCUAAUAAUUUACAUCGUAUGUAUAUAUCUGUCUUUGAAUUUAGAUAUAAACAUAUUAACAUGUAA